GGAGCGUGAGGGAGCCGUGUGGAGGCCUCUGCGAGCUCGCCGAGUCGGCGCCAUGAGCAAGGCUCACCCUCCCGAGCUGAAAAAAUUUAUGGACAAGAAAUUAUCAUUGAAAUUAAAUGGUGGCAGACAUGUCCAAGGAAUAUUGCGAGGGUUCGAUCCAUUCAUGAAUCUUGUGAUAGAUGAAUGUGUGGAGAUGGCAACUAGCGGGCAACAGAACAAUAUUGGAAUGGUGGUAAUACGAGGAAAUAGCAUCAUCAUGUUAGAAGCCUUAGAACGAGUAUAAACAAUGGGUGUGUUCAUCAGAAGAAGAAAACUGCUUCCACAUGUCCCCUGUCCAUAGUACCUGUUUUACUACAAUAUAAAAAUCAAAAAAAAAAAAAAAAUCAGGUCACCCGCAUUUUCAUAUUGAACUUUUUUGUUAAAUAAACUUUUAUAAUAGUC